AGGUUUUUAAAAUAACGUUGUGAUUGAGUGGAAAUAUAAAUGGCCUUAGGCCCGGCCAAAGACGGGGGUGCAAACCCGAAGUUCUGGGAAGCUACGUUCGUGUUGAACGAGUUCAAUGUCGUGAGGAAAUGGCUGAUGCAACAUCACGCCGAGCUUAUCCUGUCGGAACACAGCAGUCCGAGGGCUUUGGCGCAGAUCCUGAGUCAGAUGAUGAAUUUUCAGGAGGCUUGUCUCGGUGCUGGAGCUACUGGGAAAUUUGGAAUGACUCGAAUUCCCACUCAAGUAUUUAUCGACUUGUCACCCGGUGGAGGAGCUUGCAAGAUUCUUGCCUCCGCAUUCAAGCAUAAGCAUUCAAAGGGUUUGAGAAGAUUCGAUUUUCACGCGCCAAAGUCACAGGAUCGGAAUAUCGAGCUGCUCAAAGAAAUUGAGCAGGAAUUGUUGUCGCUGGAUGCUUUGUACGUGCGAGCUGUCUACAUUUCAGACUCGGUGGAUGAUCAAAUGAGAAUAGCCGUG